UCCACCUGAGGACAGGCGAGACGACAGCUCAGCUCAGAGUCACUGCUGCCAACACCGAGCAAGACAUGGUGUCAAUCAAAGCAACAGCGAUGGCGAUCUCGCUCCUCACCUUCUGCCUGCUGGCUGCAAACACAUCUGCAGCCUUUCAUGGAUGCUGUCGAAGUUACAUGAAAACCCAAUUACGAUUUUCGGCAAUCAGGGGGUACUCAGUCCAGACUAUCACACAGUUGUGUCCCAUCAAUGCUAUCAUUUUCCACACAAAGAAGGGCAAAGCAUGCAGCAAUCCUGCUCUGGACUGGGUGAUGGACUACGUCAACCGGUUGAGGAAUAAAGCACAAAUUGUUCACAUCAAAUCCUCGCAAGCACAGAAGUAGAGUUGUUCGGCUUUCUGGAAAGAGACGGACGUUGGAGCUCGGCUGCAGCCGACAAACUGUGUUUUAUCUCAGCUUCGCCACUUAUGCAACCAACAAUGUUUCACAGAGCACUGCAGAAUGUUGCUUUUUAUAUUUUGUGUCCUUUGUUUAUGUAUAUAUUUGUACAUGCUCUAUACUCUAUAUAGAAGAAUUAAAGUUUUGCUAA